AUGUGGUGUAUUCUCAAGGAAGGUGGGUUAUUUUUUCUCGGCGUCCCAACUGGUAUGGAUGGUCUCUUCUACAAUGCUCACAGAGUUUAUGGUCGGAUCAGGCUGCCAAUGAUGUUCAACGGGUUUGACCUACUGAACGUAUUUUAUGGAGAAAAUGCAAACCCUGUUAAUUUGACUGCAUCGUAUUUUGAACAAAGAAAUACGGCACAGCACGUAUUUGUUCUGAAGAAAACAAAGUAUGCAGAAAGGUUUGAUUUCGCUGUAUCUUUCUCAAGCGUAGAGCACAGUGAAUUAGGUCGUUAUGGCGACCCCUUAGGCGAAAAAUAUCAUAAUUUGCAAAGAAAUCCGGUUGGUGACAUUCGUGAAAUGCAGAAAAUGUGGUGUAUUCUCAAAGAAGGAGGCUUAUAUUUUCUCGGCAUUCCAACUGGUAUGGAUGGUCUUUUCUACAAUGCUCACAGAGUUUAUGGUCGGGUCAGGCUGCCAAUGAUGUUUAACGGUAUGAUAGUCAUAAUGUCAUUCUAUACUGUUCGUAAAUACAGUUUUCUAAUAUUCCACUUGCAUAUGCAAAAAACGACGUAUUCCCAAAUAAAAGAAUGUAUUGAGAUUUUGUGUAGAUACAUGGUAUAGGC